GGGGACCGUGGACAGCUCCCGACCGGAGCACAGAGUGAGCCAGGAGGAGGAGAGGGCUGGAUAUGGGGGAGCCGGCGCACGGGCCCGCACGAUCCAGAUAAGACAGGCGUUUUCAUGUGCGCACUCCGGGGAGAAGACACAAAGAGACGCCCUGAGGACGCAGGAGGAGUGAGGAGACCGCGGGAGCACGGCUGCUGACCCAUCCCGGCGCGCGCGAGCGAGGAGGAGGAGGAGAAGGAGAAAGAAUUGCGCUCCCCCUGAUGGACUGAGAGGACAGAUGAAUGAAGACUGCCUACACUAACGCCUAUCGAUGCCUGGCCAAGGACCUGGACGCUUACGCCAUGAACACGGACAUGACAAUGGACGGCAUUGGCAGCCUGCAUGGCGGGGUGUCGGUGAGCUCCGUGGCCCCUGACGCGGAGCUGAUGAGCGGCCACAGCCCGCAUCACGGCCGCGGAGGCGCGUCGGUGGCGGCCGGGGGACCCGGAGCGGCGGCGGCGGCUGCGGCGGCGGCGGCGUCCACCCUGCGGAUCCACCAGGACCUGGCCGCCGCCGCCGCGUCCUCGCGCUCGGCCAUGGUGUCCGGCAUGGCCAGCAUCCUGGACGGCAGCGCGGAGUACCGGCCGGAGCUGUCGCUGCCGCUGCACCACGCCAUGAGCGUGCCCUGCGACACCUCCUCUCCCGGGAUGGGGAUGAGCGGCACCUACACCACCCUGACGCCGCUGCAGCCGCUGCCCCCCAUCUCCACCGUGUCAGACAAGUUCCACCACCACCAUCACCACCACCAGCGGCUCUCCGGGAACGUCAGCGGGAGCUUCACUCUGAUGCGGGACGAGCGGGGACUGCCGGGCAUGAACAACAUCUACAGCCCCUACCACAAGGACCACAUGUCCGGGAUGGGUCAGAGCCUGUCCCCGGUGCUGGGGAACGGCCUGGGGUCCAUUCACAACACCCAGCAGGGUCUCCACAACUACGGCUCCACCACGCACGGCGGCCACGACAAGAUGCUGAAUUUUGACGCGCACCACACGGCGUCCAUGCUGGCCAGAGGGGACCACCACCACCAGCACCGGGGCCUCGGGGGCCCGGCCGCAGGGAUGAUGCCGCACCUGAACGGCAUGCACCACCCGGGACACCCGGCCGCCUCCUCCGCGGGCCACCACCCCCACCCCCAUCUCCAGUCUCCAUCCCACGGGCCCGUUUUGGCUUCAACCCGGGAAAGACCGCCCUCCUCCUCGGGGACGCAGGGGGGUAACAGCUCGGGUCAGCUGGAGGAAAUCAACACCAAAGAGGUUGCGCAGAGGAUCACGGCAGAGCUGAAGAGGUACAGCAUCCCUCAGGCCAUCUUCGCUCAAAGGGUGCUGUGCCGCUCCCAGGGGACCCUGUCGGACCUCCUGAGGAACCCCAAACCCUGGAGUAAAUUAAAGUCCGGCCGGGAGACUUUCAGGAGGAUGUGGAAGUGGCUGCAGGAGCCCGAGUUCCAGAGGAUGUCGGCCCUCAGACUGGCAGUUGCGAGCUGUCGCAGCCCAGUGAGAUACAACCCUUACUCCAACGUUCCUCACAGUGACACUGAAGCCAAGGUAACCCAUGCUGUAUAUUCAACUUGCAAACGGAAGGAACAGGACACGGCGAAGGACCGCAGCAACACACCAAAGAAGUCGCGACUUGUCUUCACCGACCUGCAGCGGCGCACCCUGCUGGCCAUCUUCAAGGAGAACAAGCGUCCAUCCAAGGAGAUGCAGCUCACCAUCUCACAGCAGCUGGGGCUGGAACUCACCACCGUCAGCAACUUCUUCAUGAACGCCCGCCGCCGGAGCCUGGACAAAUGGACAGACGAUGGAGCCAGCCCCGGCGCCCAAUCUUCAGCGUCCAGCACUUGUACCAAAGCAUGAUAGGAGAGGGAGGGGAGCCACGGGAUGGGCGUGGUUUUGGGGCGGGAUGGGUGGAGAUGACGGGGGAGGGGAUGAGGGUCAAGGCUUUGUCCGGUUAAAGCGAGGAGGAAAACCAAACUUUUUACAAUAUUUUUGUUUGUCUGUUGUGCUUUCCUCGAGGGUGACAAACUGAGAGAGGGGCUGCUCACUGCCACCACUUGUAGCCAAACCGCCUUUUGCAAAUUUAUCAUGAAUCCAUAUGGAAGCUUUAAAACACACAAACCUCACUGGGGGCAGAAACCUUCAGAAUCAUAGAUUGUCACGGCUGGAGUCUCCUCAUGGACAACAGACUGACACACUAGCCCAAAACCAAAGACUAGAAGACAAUAAAUGUUUUCUAUUAUGCAAUAUAAGCUAGGAAACUACCAAACAAGUUACCAAGAAAAGCUUUAUGACUGCAGAAUGUGACAGAAGCUCUGGGAUUGAAAAAAAAAAUCUUUAUUUUGUUGUUUUGAGACCCUCAGAUGUCCAAAGAAAUGUUGGUUCUCACUCAGAAGUCGGGUUUUGAACCUGAAAAAUAACACUUAGUGGUGGGUUUGAGGAAAACAGGGAGGGUGAGAUUACAUCUAUAAACCAAAGACAUACAGUCAAGAAAUAGAAAAAACUAUAAUCUACAAGAAAACGUGUAGAUUAUAAAGUUACCAGAUUUAGAAUUCAUGGUUUGCUAACUGAACUUAUUGAAAGUUGCUCAUCUCUGCAACAUUAUCUCUGUUUGACCUGCGAUGGAAAGUAAUCAAGAGUUAGUCAGAAUCUCCCUGUCUCCACUUCAAACAAAAAAGAUUUGACUCUUUAAAGCGGCUGGUGAGAAUUUCCACAAUUUAGGACAAAAUAUGCAAGCACAAAUGCUCAAACUCAAAUUAACAAAUUCUUCACAGUUUGAACAGCCAAGCUCUUAGCAGAUGUAGCUCUCAGUGGGGAGUCAUUGUGGUUCAUUUUCAUAGAAAUGUGAGCACAACCCUAAAGCACAUUUUCUUUGCAAUAGAGCCGGGGCCUGUACAGCCGAGCCGAGUGGUCUUCACAUCUUAGAAAACUCAGGAUGCCAUUUUUUCUAAACAGUGGCUGAAAGCCAUUCGGCGCCUGUCACUGCAUGCUGUACUGUACAAAUGUGCUAACACACAAAUAGGAUUGCUUUAUGGAAAGACACGCAACUUUAAAGAGUCAUUUCUUGAUUCCCCACCCUGACCAUCAGCUAAACAAAGCUAAGCUCCAGAUCAGCCCGGGUUCAUCCACCCAUCCCUGUAACCACUCAUCCACCGGGCCAUGCUUUCCACAGGCCAUCUGAGCACCACGACUGUCUCCGUCCCUCAUUCAGAGGAACGCUGAACCAAAAAGCUCCAACCAUGAUUUCCAAAUCUGAGGUUAAAACCAGAGUUCUGCACCACUCAUGCAGACUUUAACUGAACCAAAGACUAAGUUUCACAUGUUAGUACUCUGAUUUCUGACAGAAUACGCUUUAGAAUGAGGUUUUGCUUUUGCUUUUGCUGCAAACUCAGAUGCUUUCGGAAGGUUUCUCCUGCCUUCACAGCCACAAACGGCAGACCCGCCACACCACCUGAACCUGCAGAGGACGAACUGUCCAGGCGCAUCAGGGCCUUUGUAAUAAUUAAAGAGGACAAUCUAAAGACGAUGCCUGGCAGGUCCGUUCCUUCCAGGAGGUCGGUGAGCGGGAAAACCUCACAUUUAACACAAACCUCAGUCAUUCAUUUGAAUUACUUUCAUCAACUCAUUGAGAGGGAAAACAUGAAACAGACUCCAGAAUGACAGGAAAAACAUCUGCUUCUAGUAACAAAAUCAAGUCAUUGGUGGAGUUCUUUUAGUGUCAUUCAUUCAUUAUGAAUAAUUAUGUCCUUUAUGGUUUUAGGCUGUUUUAUUUGGAUGUAGUACUUUCGAAUGUGACGUAGGAAUUAGUGCAGACUACAUUUCUCUGUUCUGUUUCAGCAAACUUCACCCUCUACUUUCACCCCAUCAAUCAUCUUUCACUGAAGCUACCAAACCAAAAAUCAAAUGUAAGAACGCAAAAGUAACCAAACCAAAGCAAAGGCGUCAGUCAGCAGCCCCUGCUCCUUCCAAAUCCAGGCUGAGAUUUGGCCUGGUUAGAAGCAGCCAAAGGCUUUAGGAACGCUUUAACCUAAAAAUGGACACUUGAGACUUUUUCUAUUUAUUGACAAAUCGAAACCAAAGAAAAACCUUUUUCUGCACCUAACUGUUCCAACAAAUGGAAGAAACUGACUGAAAAUGGAAGAAAAUUAUUACCAAACAAAGAAAAAGACAAAAAAAA